AAGCCCUUCUUCACACACCUUCCUCCCAAUCCACGAGCUCAACCUACACUCAGCAACCUCCUCACAUUCCGAGGCAUCUCCGGCGAUCGGCGAAGACGAGAGAGAUGGCCAAGAAAGCGUUCCAGGUCGGCCUGGCGUUGGCCGUCAUGACCAUCGUGCUCUCGGGCCUCGCUUCGGCGCAGUCCGGCUGCACCACCACGAUCAUCAGCCUCGCGCCGUGCCUGAACUACAUUACCGGCAACUCGUCCACUCCCUCCUCCUCGUGCUGCUCCCAGCUGGCCAGCGUCGUCCAGUCCCAGCCGGCGUGCCUCUGCUCGGUGCUCAACGGCGGCGCCUCCUCGUUCGGGAUCACCAUAAACCAGACCCGAGCCUUGGCCAUGCCCGCCGCCUGCAAUGUCCAGACGCCGCCGGUCAGCGAGUGCAACUCUGUGGCCGGUGGACCGGAAAAAUCCCCGACAGCUUCACCGGCGACUCCAGCAACACCGGUCCCGUCCACACCAUCAUCUCCGAAAUCAGAAGGUGGAUCGAAGGCAACCCCGGCGACUACCUCAGAUGGCAGUUCUUACAAAUCAUCUCGUUCUCUGAUGCUUUCAAUCCUCUUCCUCGCCGGUUGCGUCUCCUUCACCGGCCUCUGAGUCCACCGCAACAAGAACUGGAUCAUCACUUCACUUCACUGCCGUUCAUUUAUUUAUGAGCAUCUGUCUGUGUCAACUCGAAUUCGUUAUCUUCUCAUGUUUGCACUGUAUUGAAGUGAUUUGGAGUUUGUUGUACUUAUUCUUAGUUGAGCUGAUUAAAAGAUUAUUGGUUUACUUAUAAUA